AUCGCGCUUCUCCCCCAGCUGCCUGGCGGGAUCCACCCGCGCCGCGACCUGCUGUCGCCCCCGGUUUGAUGCCGCUUGUCACCUGUGCAAUCCAUCACCAUGUCUGACACCAUUUUUGGCAAUGGGAGUGACCAGUGGGUCUGUCCGAAUGACCGGCAGCUGGCCCUCCGGGCCAAGCUUCAGACCGGCUGGUCGGUGCACACGUUCCAGACAGACAAACAGAGGAAGACGCAAGCGCUGAGUCUGAAGGAAAUGGACGUCAUUCUGGAGGUGAUCCAGCGAGCGGAGAAACUGGACAUUGUGGAACAACAGCGGAUCGGGCGUCUGGUGGAGCGGCUCGAGAACAUGCGGAAGAACGUGAUGGGCAACGGCUUAUCUCAGUGCUUGCUCUGUGGGGAGUCCCUGGGGCUGCUGAGGAGCACGGCUGUGUUUUGCCAGGACUGCAAAAAGAAAGUUUGCACGAAAUGCGGCAUAGAAACCUUGGGGCCUCAGAAACGCACGGUCUGGUUCUGUAAGAUCUGCAGCGAGCAAAGAGAGGUUUGGAAGCGCUCGGGCGCCUGGUUCUACAAAGGCCUUCCUCAGUACAUUUUGCCCCUGAAGAGCGGCCCCAAAAGCCACGAUCCCCCCACAAGGCCGCACCCCGUGACCACGCCGGGCAUCAAGGGCCUGCCCACGACCCGCUCCUACACCUGGGCCAGGGGGAGAGUGAUAUCCAGUGACAGCGACAGCGACUCUGAAUUUAGCUCCUCGAGUCUGGAUGACCGCUCCGUGGCUGCGGGCACGAAGGGGUUCAAGAGCAGAAAGCACUGGACAGAAUCAGCAUCCAGCAGCGAGGCAGCCGGCGGUCCAGGCUGGGGCACCGGGCGGCCCUUGGGGAGCCGGCACUCAGAGAGCCGGAGCAGUCUGGGCAGCGAGCGCGGCGGAGGGCUGAGCGCCACGGAGAGCUUCCACAGCGACCUCCCGGCGGACGAGGCGAACAGCGAUGCCGGCCGCAGGGCUGCAGCUGCCCUGGGGACGCUGGAUUUCAGCUUGCUGUACGAUCAAGAAAACAACGCUCUGCACUGCACGAUCAACAAGGCCAAGGGUCUGAAACUGAUGGAUCAUAACGGCUUGGCUGACCCGUAUGUGAAACUGCACUUACUCCCUGGUGCUAGCAAGGCUAAUAAAUUGAGGACCAAAACUUUGAGGAACACGCUAAAUCCUACUUGGAACGAAACCCUCACAUACUACGGGAUCACGGACGAGGACAUGAUCCGCAAAACGCUCAGAAUUUCUGUCUGCGACGAGGACAAAUUCCGCCACAACGAGUUCAUCGGAGAAACGAGGAUCCCGCUGAAGAAGCUGAAGCCCAACCAGACCAAAAACUUCAACAUCUGCCUGGAGAAGCAGCUGCCCGUAAGUGACAGAGAAAAGCGCCGCCAAAGCCGACUGCUUUGUAGCUAGAAAUGUUCUGUAUGUAUAGACCAAGAGGAAGCCCCUUGACCAAGCUGGUCCUUGGAGGAGCGUGGCCGGAUCCUGAUCUCCCUCAAAUACAGCUCGCCGAAGCAAGCUCUGCUGGUGGGCAUUGUCCGGUGCGCGCAUCUGGCCGCCAUGGAUGCCAACGGCUACUCGGACCCCUACGUGAAAACAUAUCUGAAACCAGACGAGGACAAAAAAUCAAAGCACAAGACAGCCGUGAAGAAGAAAACCCUUAACCCGGAAUUCAAUGAGGAAUUUUGCUACGAGAUAAAGCACGGCGACUUGGCCAAGAAGACCCUGGAGGUGACCGUGUGGGAUUACGACAUCGGCAAAUCUAACGACUUUAUCGGUGGCGUUGUGCUUGGCAUCAACGCCAAAGGGGACCGCCUGAAGCACUGGUUCGACUGCCUAAAAAACAAGGAUAAGAAGAUCGAGCGCUGGCACACGCUCACGAACGAGCUUCCGGGGGCCAUCGUCAGCGACUAA